AGUAAUGGAGUGGAUCCAUUUUCGAGCUUAUCCGUUUUCCUAAUCUCCUUUUCGAUUUCCCACUUACUCUAUAAAUUGCAGAGUUGUCUCCGUUGAAUUUUUUACUCAGAUUAAUUUUCGAAAUCUUUCAUUUAAAAAGAGCGACCUAGUCGGCUACUCGAUGGUGAUUUCUUCUUGACUUUAUUUUCUAACUUAAAAAACAAAAUUUACUUUUCCACCACAACAGCCAAACCAAGGAAUCACUUUUCUUCACUACCAAACAGCAACUAACAGUUUGCAGUUUAGAGAGGAUGCAGAACUCGAAAUGAUGAACACGUCUUCAUCUAUUUGAUUCUCCCUUGAAUCGAAAUUUGAUUUCAAUUUGUGACAACGCAGAAAAUUGUAGCAGUGUUAAUCUAUUUCUCCAUGGCUCAGAUUCCCAACCUAGAUAAUGCUCCCAUCAAUCUCACAUCCAUAAGGGAACAAUCUCAAAAAGAGCUCAUCAACAUCCUCAAGAAUGUUCGAGGAAAGAAGUGUUUGGUCAUUGAUCCCAAGCUUGGUGAUUCUCUCUCGCUUAUCAUACAGACAUCAAUUCUCAAGGAGCAAGGAGUUGAGUUGCGUCAUCUUUCAGCUGAGCCAAUUCAAACUGACUGUAACAAAGUGGUUUACCUUGUGCGCUCUCAGCCUAAGUUGAUGAGAUUCAUAUGCUCUAACAUUCACGACGAUGUAUCUAAAGGACUACAUAGAGAAUAUCAUGUUUAUUUUGUUCCUCGUCGUACUGUUGUUUGUGAGAAAGUUCUUGAGGAUGAGAAAUUACAUCAUAUGAUUACAAUAGGGGAAUAUCCCUUGCAUAUGGUGGCAAUGGAUGAGGAUGUACUAUCGUUUGAACUCGACUUUUCUUACAAAGAAUGCCAAGUUGAUGGUGAUACAAGCUCAAUUUGGCAUAUUGCAAAAUCCAUUCACAAACUGGAGUUUUCUUUUGGCGUGAUACCAAAUGUGAGGGCAAAAGGAAAAGCAUCUGUGCGUAUUGCAGACAUCUUAAACCGAAUGCAAGCUGAGGAACCAGUUAACUCAUCUGAUAUGGCUGUGCCAGAGAUAAACACACUAAUCCUUUUAGAUAGAGAGGUGGACAUGGUUACUCCUUUGUGUACCCAGUUAACAUAUGAGGGGCUACUUGAUGAGUUUCUGCACAUCAACAAUGGUUCUGUCGAGAUUGAUACAUCUAUUUUGGGUCCUCCACAAGAUGGAAAAAAAACGAAAGUCCCACUUAAUUCAAGUGACAAGCUUUUUAAGGAGAUACGGGAUCUCAACUUUGAAGUUGUAGUCCAGAUUUUGCGUCAAAAAGCAACAUCCAUGAAGCAAGACUACACAGAUAUGUCAACUACAACGCAGUCAGUUUCAGAGUUGAAGGACUUUGUGAAAAAGCUAAACUCAUUACCAGAGAUGAGUAGGCACAUAGAUCUUGCUAAGCAUCUAUCAACAUUUACGUCAAAGCCGUCUUUUCUUGGGCAGCUUGAUAUGGAACAUACAAUUAUCGAGGGCGAGAGUUAUGACAUAUGCUUUGAGUAUAUUGAAGAAUUGAUUCAUAAGCAAGAGCCUUUAAUAACAGUCCUACGUCUUCUAAUCCUAUUUUCUAUCACUAAUGCUGGGUUGCCAAAGAAGCAUUUUGACUACUUCAGGAGAGAGCUACUGCACAGCUAUGGAUUUGAGCACAUAGCAACGCUAAGUAAUUUAGAGAAGGCUGGACUCUUUAAAAAGCAGGAGACAAAAAGCAAUUGGCUUACUAUAAAACGUACCCUGCAGCUUGUGGUUGAAGACACUGAUACAGCCAACCCCAAUGAUAUUGCUUACGUCUUCUCAGGAUAUGCACCACUCAGCAUUCGUCUUGUCCAGCAUGCCAUUCGAUCUGGAUGGCGCCCUGUUGAAGAAGUUUUGAAAAUGCUGCCUGGACCUCAUUUGGAAACUAAAAGGGGUGGAUUCUCAAACAGCCCAUCAUUUGAUACUUUGUCUGGGGUUUCAACCAGCAUAGCUAAAGUACCUGAUGGAAGGCGUGCCCUGGUGCUUGUUGUCUUUGUUGGCGGUGUUACAUUUGCGGAGAUUUCUGCGCUUCGAUUUCUCAGUGCUCAGGAAAGCAUGGCAUAUGAUUUGAUUAUUGCGUCAACAAAAAUCGUCAAUGGCCAAACCUUGGUUGAAACAUUCAUGGAAAAGCUUGGUUGAUUAAUGCGCGAGUUUUUGUUUGUCUUUAUCUUUUUGAGGCUUUUCUUGGUUCAGGGAGGCGAGUUAAUCUGACGACGUCAAACCAAUGCUAUGCCUAAGAGAGUUCUUUUAGUAUAUGAUGAAUGAUGAUGCACCAAGCUCUCUGAUGAAAGCUUUCUGGUGCUAAAAAAUCUUCAUGUUGAUUUUGUAAGAGAGAUAGGAAUCUUGGAAUGAUUAGUAUAAGGACUAAUUUUCGCUGCGUUCUUUCAUGUGUUAUUGUUGAUUUUGCUUUAUUUUUAAGUGAUAGUCUUUUACUCA